GUUGGAUGUGGCAGUGAUGGCGGUUUAUACGGACGCUGCUCCAUUGCGGUGAACCAGCAAGUGAUUGCGAGCUGUUUCUUUUUCACCGUGUUAACCGAAGGCGACCGAUGCUGCUACACUAUGCGAAUACUUUCAUCAGGACUGCAGCCAUUCACAAUGGCAGUUCACAACUAUGCUCUGAAGGAAAAUAUCCUGCCAGUGAUACCCAUAUAAUGUUGGAAUGAGUAGAGUACAGCAAGGCCUUGCACUUGUGCCUCAACUACUUGCAGUCGAUAAUCCAAAUGAGUGGAAAAGUCUAAUGAUGCAUUAAUUUGAAAAGGUUGUUUUGAUUUCAUCGCUUAGACAUUUGAGGUUGCCAUGGCUGGAAAAUCAACCCUACUGAAGGUUAUCCUACUUGGAGAUGGUGGAGUAGGAAAAAGUUCACUCAUGAAUAGAUAUGUUACCAAUAAGUUUGACAUACACCUGUUCCACACAAUAGGGGUUGAGUUUCUAAACAAAGAUUUGGAAGUAGAUGGACAUUAUGUGACAAUGCAGAUAUGGGACACUGCUGGUCAAGAGAGGUUUAGGAGCCUUCGGACACCAUUCUAUCGAGGCUCCGAUUGUUGCCUCCUUACUUUUAGUGUGGAUGAUUACCAAAGCUUCCAAAAUUUGAGCAAUUGGAAAAAGGAAUUUAUCUAUUAUGCAGAUGUGAAGGAGCCAGAGAGUUUCCCAUUUGUGGUUCUAGGUAAUAAAAUUGAUGUCAGUGAGAGGCAAGUUUCAGCAGAAGAGGCACAGGCUUGGUGCAAAGAUAACGGCAACCAUCCUUACUUUGAAACAAGUGCAAAAGAUGCCACCAAUGUUGCAGUGGCCUUUGAAGAAGCUGUUCGUCGAGUUCUUGCCACCGAUGAUAGAUCUGACAGUUUCAUGCAAACGGACACGGUGAAUUUAAACAGAGGGAAGAAGCAAAGCUCUUCCUGCUGCUGACUGUGAUGGGCUGGAUGCAAUGAACUUUCCACUAUGUGCCAUUGAUUUACUGAUUGGUGUUGAUUGGGAUAGUGCAAAUCUGCUGGGACUGUUUUGAGGAAACCGGUGUCAGCCAGCUGAAUGAAACUAAGUUCCAGUGGUUGGGAAAAGAUGUGGACACGUGCACACACACAAUGCUGAUGCUGUGGGUUAUCCACCGGUAACUGACACAUUCAUAGAUCAGAUGAUGGGAUUAGACAAAACGGUUUUCUGAGUUCAAGAUCAACCAAAAAUGGAAAGUUACAUAAACAUUAAAUUUAAAAAUAAAAUGAAUUUGGUAUUGGUACAAUAUUUCAAACUAAAAUGAAAAAAAUGGAAGGAAACCAUACUGUGGCUUGAGAUGGUGGUUGUAAACUCAGAAUUUAAUUUUUUUGCCAUUUCUCUAAACUGCUCAUUCCACAAAUGUUUUGUGUUUUGGUGCUUCUAUUCUGACCCCAAAAUAUGCUGUAUUGUACUGUAAAUGAUCUUUUUACAUUACUAAGAAAACAAUGAAGUAUUUACUGGUAUUGGAUAGAAACCUGUCUAUUUUCAUUCCCUAAUGUUGAUUGUGUAACUGAAUGGUCUACCGACGAACAUAUUGUUCUGCUGAACAGGGUACUUUAAUGUGGUACUGAAAAGGUCAUCUAUGUGGUGCGAUUGGUUUGUUGUGAGGUCAAGUAACCACAAGGUACUGUUUCUACAAAUUUGAGAAAAGGUAGCAGUUUGCUCAACAGUUCUGACAGGAUUCGUUGUUGAUGCACAAGUAAAUCAACAAAAACAUUCAGAUUAUACAGAAUGAUGUAAAGGUACAGUGUAUUUUGAAUUGAUUUGUCAAAACCUGAAAUCUUCAAUUCUUUAUAAAGUAACAUCUUCAGUACCAUUCCACAAGGUGUCAUUACAUUCAUUUAUUUUCCUCUCAGGGUUAAAUGUAACCUGUAAAACAAGUUAUGGUUGUAAAUGCUAUUAUUUUGGGCAAUAUAAUGGUGUCAUGUGUAUCAGAUUACAUAAAUGCUAUCUAUGAGAUUGCCUUGGCUGCUUUAAUUCCCACACUAAAUUUAAGUUGUAUUUGUGUACAUUGCUAUGACGAGUUCUUCCGAGAUUCGGGACAUGAUGGAAUUUGCAACCACUGGCUUGUGGCUUAGUUUUAGAUUUUAGAUAUCUUUGCUGCUGUAUGUUCCAUUGUAUGCCAAAUUGGGUUAAUUUUUUACACAUAACCACUAAAAAUAUUUAUUUUUCUCUCAUUUUCACCUGUGUAAUUUUCUUCUCUAGUCAAGAAUAAUGGUUCCAAAUGUGCUUCGAGGCCUUUGUUUCUGCAUAGCUGAGUGUUGUUCAAUGCAGCCUGGUUGUUCAGUUUUUCCCUUUUUCUUCCUGUUGUAUCUGACCAUUGUAGCAUUAGUAGAGAUCAGUAUUUGCAUGUAGGAAUCAUUUGAGGCAAUUAAUAUUUUAUUAGACUCUUGUGCAGUUGGAGGAUCUAACAUGAUAGACCAUUUAUAUUAUUCUCAGAGAGCCAUUUGUUAAGCUCAAAGAGCUAUUUAUUACAGAGUGGCUGGACCAGGCUUCAUUUAGCAAAAUAAUGAAUUCAGUUAGUGAAAGACAGAGUAAAAUCCAAAAAUAAAACUGCUUUAUUCUUGCGCUUUGCUGCAAUAAACAUAUUUGUCUUACUAGCUGAAUUGUCUCAUUUACCACAUUAAAAUUUGUCAGUAUUGGCUGAUACAGUACUGCUGAAUUAUGCAAUGGAAAAUAGUUGGAAAUAACAGAAAAUAAUCUUGAUGUGAAUCAUAUUUUAACAAAUCAAUGCAUUCUAUCUGCUGAAAGUUUAGGCACUACUGUGUGUUCAAUCUGUCACCAUGCUUUUUGAUCACUAUAUAAAAUUCUUUAAUCACAA